AUGUUAAGAUCAAUUAAAAAACAAACCAUACCAAAAAUAUCAUCACAAUUUAUUAGAUUUGCAUCAACUAAAAAAUAUGAUGUUGUUAUUAUUGGUGGUGGACCAGGUGGUUAUGUCGCUGCAAUUAAAGCAGGUCAAUUAGGUUUAUCAACUGCAUGUAUUGAAAAAAGAGGUGCAUUAGGUGGUACAUGUUUAAAUGUUGGAUGUAUUCCAUCAAAAUCAUUAUUAAAUAAUUCUCAUUUAUUACACCAAGUUCAACAUGAAGCUAAAGAACGUGGUAUUAAAAUUCAAGGUGAAGUCGGAGUUGAUUUUCCAAAAUUAAUGGCAGCCAAAGAAAAAUCAGUUAAACAAUUAACUGGUGGUGUUGAAAUGUUAUUAAAAAAAAAUAAAGUUGAUUAUUUGAAAGGUUCUGGUUCUUUUGUUAAUGAACAUACUAUCAAAAUUGAACCAAUUGAAGAAGGUAAGGAAGCUUUUGAAGUUGAAGCUGAAAAUAUUAUAGUUGCUACUGGUUCAGAACCAACUCCAUUUCCAGGUAUUGAAAUUGAUGAAGAAAGAAUAGUUACAAGUACCGGAAUUUUAUCAUUAAAAGAUAUACCAAAAAGAUUGGCUAUAAUUGGAGGUGGUAUUAUUGGUCUCGAAAUGGCUUCAGUUUAUGCUAGAUUAGGUUCAAAAGUUACCGUUAUUGAAUUUAUGAAUGCUAUUGGUGCUGGUAUGGACGGAGAAGUAGCAAAACUGACACAAAAAUUAUUAGCAAAACAAGGAUUAGAUUUUAAAUUAGGUACAAAAGUUAUUUCAGGUACUCGUGAAGGUGAAGUUGUUAAAAUUGAAGUUGAAGAUGUUAAAUCAGGUAAAAAAUCAGAUUUAGAAGCUGAUGUUUUAUUAGUUGCCAUCGGUAGAAGACCAUAUACUCAAGGUUUAAAUUUUGAAGCAGUUGGUUUAGAAUCUGAUAAUAAAGGUAGAUUAAUUAUUGAUGAUCAAUUUAAAACUAAGCAUGAACAUAUUAGAGUAAUUGGUGAUGUUACAUUUGGACCAAUGUUGGCUCAUAAAGCAGAAGAAGAAGGAAUUGCAGCUGCUGAAUAUAUUAAAAAAGGUCAUGGACAUGUUAAUUAUGCAAAUAUUCCAUCAGUUAUGUAUACUCAUCCUGAAGUUGCAUGGGUUGGUUUAAAUGAAGAACAAUUGAAAGAAAAAGGAAUUAAAUAUAAAAUUGGUAAAUUUCCAUUUAUUGCAAAUUCAAGAGCUAAAACUAAUUUAGAUACUGAUGGUUUUGUUAAAUUUAUUGCUGAUGCUGAAACUCAAAGAGUUUUAGGUGUUCAUAUUAUAGGUCCAAAUGCUGGUGAAAUGAUUGCUGAAGCUGGGUUAGCUUUAGAAUAUGGUGCUUCAACUGAAGAUAUUGCAAGAACUUGUCAUGCUCAUCCAACUUUAUCUGAAGCUUUUAAAGAGGCGGCAUUGGCUACUUUUGAUAAACCAAUAAAUUUUUAG